AUGCUCCUGCUCUGGGCCCUGCUGGUCCUCGGAUGCCUGCAGCGUGGCUGGACUGUGGACCUCCAGCCCCAACUGGCCAGUGUGACCUUUGCCACCAACAACCCCACCCUGACCACCGUGGCCUUGGAGAAACCUCUGUGCAUGUUCGAUAGCUCCGAGCCACUGAGCGGCACUUACGAGGUUUACCUCUAUGCCAUGGUCGACUCAGCCAGCUCCAGGAAUGUGUCUGUACAGGACAGCGCUGGGACUCCACUGAGCACCACCUUCCGGCAAACCCAGGGUGGGCGGUCGGGCCCCUACAAAGCUGCGGCCUUUGACCUGACCCCUUGUGGUGACUUGCCCAGCCUGGAUGCUGUUGGAGAUGUGAACCAGGCCUCAGAGAUCCUGAAUGCAUACCUAGUCAGGGUGGGCAACAAUGGGACCUGUCUUUGGGACCCCAACUUCCAGGGCCUCUGCAACCCACCCCUAUCAGCAGCUACUGAGUACAGGUUCAAAUAUGUCCUAGUCAACAUGUCCACCGGCUUGGUGCAGGACCAGACACUAUGGUCAGAUCCUAUCCGUACCAACCAGCCUACCCCCUACUCAGCCAUCGACACCUGGCCGGGCCGGCGGAGCGGAGGCAUGAUUGUCAUUACUUCCAUUCUGGGCUCCCUACCCUUCUUCCUGCUUGUGGGCUUCGCCGGAGCCAUCAUCCUCAGCUUUGUGGACAUGGGCAGCUCUGAUGGGGAAACAGCACAUGACUCACAGAUUACCCAGGAGGCUGUCCCCAAGACCCUGGGGGCCUCUGAGCCUUCUUACACGUCUGUGAACCGGGGCCCACCCCUAGACAGAGCCGAGGUGUUCACCAGCAAGCUCCAAGACUGA